CUCCACCAACAACCAAACACCACAUCCCCUCCCAAUGCAAUAACCCACACCCCCACAUCCACCUCCAAUUCCCCCAAAUCCCCAGCGAAAUGUCCCUCUUCACCAAAACCAUCCACAUCACCGCGCACCCGGCGCCGCGCACCCUCUCCGACAGCAAACUCAUCCUCUCCGCGCUGCAGAAAUUCGGCGAAGUCGUCACCUUCCGCAAUUUGAGGUACGACGUAACAAGCCCCCCAACCACCACCACCACCACAACAACAACCACCCGCCCACAAUCCCACAACAUAAUCGCCAUCUACGAAUCCGCCGCUGCCGCGACGGCCGCCUGCGCCGCGUCCCCGCUGUCAAUCCCUCUCACCCCGGACGCCCAGGCCCAGCUCCAGCAAUCGCAGUCACAGUCACAGUCACAGUUACAGUUACAACCACAAGCACAGAUCACGCAACCCCCGCCCCCGAAACAAAAACAAUACUACACGCCCCUUCCCCUCCCGCCGCAACACGCCUCCCUAGACGCAGCAGCAGCAGCAGCAGCAGCAGCAGCAGCAGCAGCAGCACCGCACAACCGCUCCGCCCUCGACCCAACGCCAUCCGACGAAGACCCCCCCACAACGAUGAUAAGCUGCACGCUCACGGCCUCGCGCACCAACCACGCCGCCGCCAUCCGACGGAACCCCUGGUACGCCGGGUUCGAGGUCGAGCGGACGAGUCACCCGCGCAUGUUUGCGGAUCUGCUGCACGCGGGCAUCCCCCUCCGGGAGUUGGCGGAUGGGCCGGCGGGGCGGCGGAAGGUGGCCGGGGUGCCGCAUGGGCGGCGGCAGAGGGUGGAGGCGGAGACGGGGCGGUGGGGGGCGGGGAGCUUGAUGGGGUUGUUUCGGGGGGAGCUUCGUGGUGAUAAUAAUGGUGGUGAGGUAGGGGAGAGGAGGAAGGGGGAGGAGGAGUAG